AUGCUCCAUCAUGCGACUGAUUAUGUUUGUGCACCACAAUGCUCUCCUCUCAAUCCCCUCCCUUCCAUUUCCGUCCUCCCCCGCGCCUGCCUGCCCCCUGCCUCCUCACCCGCGCCUGCUAAACAGGAAGCCCCGUCAAGCCCGCGGACUGGUGGCAGCAGGCAGGCGUGCAGGGCCCAUUCGCCAGAAAGACAUGCAGGCGAGUCCCAGGGGGAGAAAGGACCGCACGAGCACAAGGGGGGGGAUUUGAGAAUGGGUCAGGGGCAGCAGCAAAAGGAGAGCAGAGGAGGUGAUGAUAUCAAGGGUAGAGAUGAGGGGCGUGUGCAGGGGCAAGAGUGUGGAGGCCGGUGCAAUGACCCACAGGACCCUCUUGUGAAGGGCUCCGCUGUCACACCCGUGUGCACUGCUCUAGACCUGUUAUGCCCUCCCUCACUCCCCGUAUCUUCUGCUUCUGCCGCUGCUGCUGCUGCUGCUCCUGCUGCUGCCGCUGCUGCCUCCCAUCCCUUGCGCCCGUCCCAAUCCUCCCUUCCUGUUUCUGCCUCACACUCUCCAGCAGCCUCUCCCUCGUCGUCUCUUUCACUGGAUUGUGGAGCAUCAACAGUGGCAAGGAUGGGAGCUGCGGGUGGGGCAAAUGCAAAGGGCGCUGCUGUUACAUCUGUUGUUGUGAUUCCUUCUGCUCCUCUCACUGCUGUGUCUUCUUCGCUUCCUCCUCCCCGUCCUACUGGUGCUGCUUCUAUUCCUGUUGCUGAUCCCUUGGUUGCUCCUCCUCUCCCCCCUCCUCCUCCUCCUCCUGCUCCCCAUGCUCCUCCUCCUGUUUGUCCUCCCCCUCCCCUUCCUCUACUACCCCCCUCUGCUUCUCCUGCUCCUGCUGCAUCUGGUGACGCUUCUGCUGAUUUCCCUACUGUUACUGCUCCUUCACAUCUCUCUGCGUCUUCGUCUCCUGCAAUUUCCGCUGGCACUUCUACCGUUGCUGCAACCUCCGUGACUGCUGCUCCCACUGAUCCUGUUUCUGCUCCAGCUGAUGCAAAGAAGCCAGAAACAGCCACGUGUUUACGCAACGGAGAAGCAGCUCGCCCCUUGACAGGAGCAACUGAGCUGGAGAAGCAUGGGGAGGGCACAAUGCAGAAUGCAGAUGGGGAGGAAAGCACCAGAGUGCCGUGCCCGGGGAGUGGUGGAGGGGAGAACGAGGGCGCAGUGGAGUGGAAAGGGGAGAUGCAGAGAGGGGGGAUCACAGCAGCAGUGCAGACAGAUGUAGGGGAUACAGAGGAGCAGAGAGGGAAGGAAGAUGGAGAUGGGAGGGGAGGAGGGGACAGAGGCGUGGGUGUGGAGGAGGGGCGUGAGGAUGGUGAGUGGGGCAUGCGGAUUGAGAGAGAUGUGAAAGGAGGGGAGCAUACGAGUGGCAAGGUUGAGGGGAGUGAAUGUGUAAGGGCAGUGGCGAGCACAGUGGGUUUGGUGAGUAAGGCAGGAGAGGAAGCAGAGCGGGCGGGGGAAGAAGCAGAGCAGGCAGGGGUGGCAGAAGGGGGAGGGGAGACAGGGAAGGGAGGGGAGACAGGGAAGGGAGGGGAGACAGGGAAGGGAGGGGAGACAGGGAAGGGAGGGGAGACAGGGAAGGGAGGGGAGACAGGGAAGGGAGGGGAGACAGGGAAGGGAGGGGAGACAGGGAAGGGAGGGGAGACAGGGAAGGGAGGGGAGACAGGGAAGGGAGGGGAGACAGGGAAGGGAGGGGAGACAGAGAGGGCAGUGGAGGAAGGGGGAAGAGAAGAAAGCUGUAAGAAGCGCAGGAGGUGCGAGGCGAGCUGGGAAGCAGCGGGUGGGAGAGAGGAUGCAGGUUCAGACAUGCUAGAGAGCGCGGCCACAGCUGGUGGUGCCACAGCUGGGACCACUCAGGGGGCGGAGGAGGUAAAGAAGACUGCAAGUGCUUAUAACGAGGCUAAGGACAUAAGAAGUGAAGAGGAUGGGGUUGAAGUGCUUAAAGCGGAAAAUUGUCAACAGCUCACUGAGGAGCAAAAAGGGUUAAGUGACAAGGGAGGACUCAGUGCAGUCAAGGCGAAGGAAGGUGAACGGGAAGGGAAUGUUUCUGCCUUGCAGCCCACAAGCGGUCAGGGUCAUUUUAAGGAACAUAGUGGCAGGAAGGGAGGCGAGAGCAGUGCAGUGGGUGCAUCAGCAGCAAGCACAGAUGAUGCUGCGGAGGAGGGGAGGGGUGACGAGGGGUGCUGGGUGGUUGGUGAGAGCGGGGAUGAGGAGGAGAAAGGAAGCCGGGAGGAGGUGGCAUCAGAGCAGGUGCAAGGGCAGGAGAACCCGAGACAGGGGAGUAAGAGGGAAGCUAGAGAAGGAGCGCUAGCAGAGAGUGAGACAGUUGAGAGCGAAGCAGCAGCAGAGGCGGGUGUGACACAGAAGGCACGCAGAGGGGAUGCUCCUGCUGCGCCUGCGCCUGCUUCUGCUGCUGCAGGUGGGAGUGUUGGUGUCCGGACAAGGUCAAGCAGGGGGGAACCGGCAGGUGAUGAGAGCAGGAGGCGCGGCAGCGAGAGAGAGGCAGGCGUGCCGCUACGGAGGAGUGCGCGGGUGGCAGAUGGCAUGGGCGGGUGGAAACGAGGGUUCUGGGCACUGGACGAUGGGUGGUAUGAGCGGGAGCAGCGCGAGGGGGAGAAGGCGAGGAGGGGGCGUAGCAGGGCCAGGCAGAAGGCAGGAGAUGUGGAGGUGAAAGCAGAGAAGGAGGAGGUGGAAGGUGUUAGAGGGAAGAAGAGGAGGCGAGGGGAGAGGGCGGGGUCUGGUAGUGAAGGGGGGCGCGAGAUGGGUGAGAGGAAGGGUGUAGGGGCGGGUAAGGUCAUUAGGCAUGCACAGGGUAAGGGUGUCGUGGGUAAGGGCGAGGAUACGAGUAGUGAACAUGGCACAGAGGAGAGAGGGUGGGAUGGUGUGGAUGGUGGAGGGAAGAAGAGGGAUUGGGCUGGAUUGGAUUCUGAGAAGAGCAAAAGCACCAGUGGUGGCACGUGCAAGCGACUGAGGGUGGAUGGAGGGUUGACGGGGGAGAGGGAAGGAGAGGGGGAUGACGGGCACAGGGAUUCAGAGUUGCAAGGGAAGGGGAGCAUGCAGGGGAAGGGAGGGGCUGGUGAGGUCCCCCAAUACAAUGAAAGUACGAGUGCAGUGAAGAGGGUGGAAGGGGGUAGGCGGAGUGGGAAGGAAGCUCGGAGUGGGGGGGAAGGCAGGAGUGCCUCUGGCAAGUCCUCUGAUAGCCGGAGGGAAGGCAGGAGUCCUCUGAUAGGAGUGGGGUGCGAUGAUGCAGAGGAGGGAAGGCAAGUGCAGGAGGGGGAGGGGGAGCCGGAGGAGAAAGAAGAAGAGGAGGCAAGGAGGAAUCGAGAUAGCCAAGGGAGUGAAGAUGGUGAGGAGAGGCGGGACGCUAGUGGUGAAGCAGGAGAGGCGAUGGGAGAUGCAGGUGCAGGUGCAGGUGCAGGUGCAGGUGCAGGUGAGGGUGAGGGUGCAGGUGAGGGUGGGCGUGGCCCCCGCGCGUUCGCUCCUGUGUCCCCUUGCGAGCCCAUGUCUCUUCUGCUGUCUGCCGUGUCGGCGUUUGAAGAGAUGGACUUGCAGCAAGCAACGCUGGCCGGCAUUGGCGCGGUAGAUCCUGCUGCUGAGAGAGAGGGGCGGGAGAAGGAGGAAAGGGAGGGGGAGGGGAGAGAUAAUGCGGACAGGGAGGCAGGUGCUUUUGCUGCAAGGGACAGUGGGGGAGAGAAGAAGGAGAAGGAGGCAGUGCAAGCAGAGCAAGAGCCUGUGGUGGUGUGGCUUAUGGGCCGACCUCUAGUCAUGGGCACCCGCCCUUGCUCUCCCUCCCCUGCCUCCUCAACUCCUUGCACCACCACUCCUCCUCAUACUGUUGCUGAUGCUGAUGCGGCUGCUGCUGCUUCUACGUCCACUCCUCCUGCGCCUGGGUCUGUGCUCCCACGCAAAGCUGGCUCUGCUCGUCCUACCCCACCUGCCACUGCAUCGCACGCCACAUCUUGGGCUAACGCCGCUGCCGUUGCUCCCAUCCACACCAGCACCACUGCUGUCAAUACCAGCACACCCAUUGCUGCUCCUGCUGCUGCUGGGACGCCAACCGUUGCUGUUUCGUCCCCCUCUGCUGCGCACAUGAGCGGGGGAAUGUGUUUGCAGCCGGGAAGUAUGGGUAGCGCCAGUGACCCAUUGCCUCAGCACACCCUAGCCGCACGUGGAAAUAAUGUGACCGCGGCCUUGGGAGCACCAGGGACUGCAGCAGCUGCAGGUGCAUGUGCAGGUGCAAGUGGAGCAGUGCGAGGGGCCAUUUUAGAAGCAGUGCCAGUGGGUGCAGGAGGUGGUUGCACAACAGCAGCAGCCCCCGUGCUAGGAGGCACAGCAGCUGGACCCUCUGCUGUUGCGCCUCCAUAUGGUGGGGAGCAAGGGUGGAGAGACAGCGGCGGCGGAGCAGGAGGAGAAGGAGUAGCAGGGGAGGUGAAAGCGAGGUUUCGACCAGGCGAAGUGGUUGUGCUGGAUGACUCUCCGCCCUGCUCUCCCACCAACGCACAUGCAGCGGACAGGGAAGCAACAGCAGCAGGAGCCACGUACACUAAUACUGUGCCAGCUGCACCCGUUACUGGGCCUCACAUGUCAGCUGCUGCUGCUGCGUUCGCCCCCAGCAAUACCUCUCUCAACCUAACAGCACCGAAUGCCUCCUCCCUACUUGCCCCCCCUCCUGAUCCUAUGCAGCCUCCAUUCAGGCCUCCCCUACUCUCCCAUCCUAACCUCCACCCCGGACUUACCAUUCUCCCUCUUCCUGCCUUCUCCUCUUCUGCAUUUUCCAGCCCGGAUCCUCCCCAGGCUUCUUCUCUCUCGCUUGCAUCGUCUGUUGCGCACCACUCCCCGCAACCUCUCCCUGCCCCGUCCGCACCUUCCCUACCGCCCUCCCUCCCAGCAUCCGCACCUGCAGCUGGGUUCAGAAGAGGCAGGGGCAAGGCGGGACAGGGCCCAUGCCCUACCCCAGAGUACCCGUACCAUCUCCACCGCCAACAAUAG